GCACAAGAAGAUCAAGCUGAAACACGAAAAUGGUGGCAAAGCCAGGCCCGUCUAUCACGUGCUUGGCACGUGCUUCACUCUUCCUCUGUGCUCUAACCCUAUGCUCCGCUCUAGAAAGCCACGAACUCACGAUUAAGGACGUGACUACGAAGCUGAGGCUGGGCGACAACGAGGUUCUGCGCACGGAGAAGAAGUUCAAGGUUUUCAUGGAGAAUUACGGGAAAAGGUACUCCACCAGGGAAGAGUAUUUGCGGCGUUUAGGGAUUUUCGCACACAACUUGGUCAGAGCGGCGGAGCACCAGGCGCUCGACCCCACCGCCGUCCACGGCGUCACGCAGUUCUCUGAUCUCACUGAGGACGAGUUUCAGCGGUUCUAUACCGGCGUCAAUGGCGGCUUCCCGUCGAAUAAUGGUGUAGCGCCGCCGCUUGAGGUGGAUGACCUGCCACAGAAUUUUGAUUGGAGAGAGAAAGGAGCUGUCACUGAAGUGAAAACGCAGGGUAAAUGUGGAUCAUGCUGGGCUUUUAGCACCACAGGAUCUAUAGAAGGAGCCAAUUUUAUUGCCACCGGAAAGCUCCUCAAUCUCAGUGAGCAACAGCUAGUAGAUUGUGACAACAAGUGUGACAUAACCGAAAAGGGCUCCUGUGAUAAUGGGUGUUAUGGAGGGCUUAUGACAAAUGCCUACAAUUAUUUGAUAGAGGCUGGUGGGUUGGAGGAGGAGUCUUCAUAUCCAUACACAGGGGAGAAAGGUGAAUGCAAGUUCGAUUCAGAGAAAAUAGCAGUUAGGGUCACAAAUUUCAGCAAUAUCCCAGUGGAUGAAAAUCAAAUUGCUGCAUAUUUAGUCAAACACGGUCCACUUGCUAUGGGUCUGAACUCAGUUUUCAUGCAAACAUACAUUGGUGGUGUCUCAUGCCCUCUCAUAUGUGGUGGCAAGAAAUGGCUGAACCAUGGUGUGUUACUAGUGGGAUAUGGUGCAAAAGGCUUCUCAAUUCUGAGGCUUGGAAACAGACCUUACUGGAUCAUCAAGAAUUCGUGGGGGAAGAAAUGGGGAGAAGAUGGGUAUUACAUGCUCUGCCGAGGGCAUGGCAUGUGUGGAAUGAACACAAUGGUUUCUGCUGCAAUGGUUGCCCAAACACCAAUAGCAACACACAAUUAUGCUUCUUAUUAGCUAUGCACCUUAGCAAAUCCAAAUAUUUCCAUUCUAGGUCAUGUAUGUACAAUGUACCAAAGGUUAUAAUAAUUAACAUAUACUGAUCCAAGCUCAUGGUAUGGUAUAUUAUUUCGCUUAUGUCAUGUUCA